AUGAGACCUAUACUUUCAUAUGCAGCUCCAAUUUGGUGGAAUACAGGCGCCUCAAUUAUGGAAAAAUAUAGAAAACUGGAAAGAUCCUGCCUAAGAAGUUGUUUAGGACUCUACAAGACAGCAGAAUCCGACUAUAAAAAAUGCGUAGAUAAUAAGACUUUAUACAAUUCAGCUAGUAUUCCACGUUUCGACAUUUUUAUUUUAAGACUCACAAGAAGAUACUAUAGUACACUGAACCAAAUAGAUAAUAUUUAUUUAAAAAAUCUUAAAUGUUUAGAUUGGUUUCAGGUUCAAAGAAUGGCCAAGAGUAAAUACUCAGCUCCUGAAAUAUUUACCAACCUGGACAAACUUGGUUUCAUCCAAAAUGAAAACAAUAUACCAACUAUUUUUCAUGUCAAAAGACGCUGCACCAAUAAAGCAAUUCCGCUUGACGAAAACAUACACCGUAACAACCUGGUGUAUUCAACAGCCAUCUCUGAUGCAGAUAAAAAUUGUCUCGACCGACUAUCCGAGAAUUACUGGUGGCUACAAGAAGACGCCAAAUUCAUUGACGAGCUCAGAAGACGAGCUAGACUGAAACAGCAACAACAACAACGUAGACAACGACGUGCGAGAUAG